CAAAGGUGUUGUUUGUAUACCAAAAUAGCGCGCAACUCAUUCCACACUCCACACACAAACGCAGCUACAUUCCAAUCCAUCCUCAUCUCUCAUCUCUGACUCAAAAAGAAAAAGAUGUCUCUGACUCACAUUCUCAGAGGCUCUGUUUCUACAACCCCACUUCUCUCUCAUUCUCACACCACUACUCCCACCACCAAACCCCACUUCCUCCACGUCACCACUCCAAAACCCACCACCACCACCAUACCUUCUGUGUCAGUCUCUGACAUUUCUUCCUCAGAAAGCUGGGCCCCACACUCAUGGACGUCCAAGAAGGCCCUCCAGCUCCCGGACUACCCGGACCCGGAAGAGCUCCGGUUGGUCCUCAAUACCCUCGAGUCCUUCCCUCCCAUCGUGUUCGCCGGCGAGGCCCGCAACCUCGAGGAGCGGCUGGCUCAGGCCGCAUUGGGUGAGGCCUUUUUGCUUCAAGGUGGUGACUGUGCCGAGAGCUUCAAGGAGUUCAGUGCCGAUAACAUCAGAGACACUUUCCGGGUUUUGUUGCAAAUGGGUAUCGUCCUCACCUACGGGGCACAAAUACCUGUCAUUAAGGUAGGAAGGAUGGCAGGCCAAUUUGCAAAACCUAGGUCAGAUGCUUUUGAGGUUAAAGAUGGUGUGAAGCUCCCUAGUUAUCGGGGAGACAAUAUCAAUGGUGAUGCUUUUAAUGAGAAAUCUAGAAUACCUGAUCCGCAAAGGUUGAUCAGAGCAUACCUCCAAUCUGUUGGCACGCUGAAUCUCCUUAGAGCAUUUGCCACUGGAGGGUAUGCUGCCAUGCAGAGAGUCUCACAGUGGAAUCUUGAUUUUGUGGUUCACAGUGAACAGGGAGACAGGUACACAGAACUUGCGCAAAGAGUAGAUGAAGCUCUGGGGUUCAUGGCUGCUGCUGGGGUUACUGUAAAUCAUCCGAUGAUGAACACUGUUGAGUUUUGGACAUCUCAUGAAUGUCUUCAUUUACCAUAUGAGCAAGCCAUGACGAGGGUGGAUUCAACGACAGGGUGUUAUUAUGAUUGUUCUGCUCACAUGCUUUGGGUUGGUGAGAGGACUCGGCAGUUAGAUGGAGCACAUGUUGAAUUCCUCCGGGGUGUAUCUAAUCCUCUUGGCAUAAAGGUGAGUGACAAAAUGGAUCCAAAGGAGCUUGUGAAAUUGUGUGAAACUCUCAACCCUCACAACAAACCUGGAAGGCUGACAAUAAUAACUCGAAUGGGGGCAGAUAAUAUGCGGGUAAAGCUUCCCCAUCUGAUUAAAGCUGUGCGCCAGGCUGGGCUUAUUGUCACUUGGGUUAGUGAUCCCAUGCAUGGGAACACAAUAAAGGCUCCUUCUGGUCUCAAGACACGACCGUUUGAUGAAAUCAGGGCUGAGUUGAGGGCUUUCUUUGAUGUUCAUGCACAAGAAGGAAGCCAUCCUGGGGGAGUUCAUUUGGAGAUGACUGGGCAGAAUGUGACGGAGUGCAUUGGAGGGUCGAAGGCAGUGACCUUUGAAGACUUGAGUUCCCGCUAUCACACACACUGUGACCCCAGGCUGAAUGCUUCACAGUCACUUGAAUUGGCAUUUGCCAUAGCUGAGAGGCUGAGGAAGAAAAGGUUAAAACCUGCUAACAAUUUUCAAAGGUAAUGGUCCUAUGAAGUGAGAUAUUUUGAGGUUUUGAUCUUUUUCUCUUGGAAGUUCUCAAUCAUUUUAUUUAGGGUCUUAUAUAUAUAUAUAUAUAUAUAUAUAUAUGAGUGUAGACACAUUUUUUUUGCUACCAUAAAAUUCUUAUGUUUGAAUGGAGGCCCUUGGCUUGUUAAUUAUAUUCUUUAUAAAUCAUACUUGUUAUAGUUGGGCCUGUGUGUGUGUGGGCUCGUGCAUGACUGUUUCUUUGGAAGCCUGCUUUGUGCAUUGAACCAUAAGUAACAUUCUAGUUUGAGACGAUCUUACAAAUUUAAUGACUGCAUCAUGCCCUUUUCAAUAUGA